AUGGCAGGCCCUGCAGGUAGCCGGAAUCCGGGCCACCCCCAAGCCCUGUACGUGGUCCUUUUAAUAAUGCUGGUCCUGAUGAGCUUGGCGUUUAGCGAGUUUGAGCAUUAUGAUCAAGAACCCCUUCAUCAGAUUCAUUUAAACAAAUACCUAAGCUGCUAUCGAUGCCUCUUGGAGACCAAGGAGUUGGGAUGCCUUCUGGGAUCCGACAUCUGCCUCGCCCCAAAGGGCAGCAGCUGCAUGACUCUGCUCAUAAAGAGCAACAGUGGUUCGGAGAUCAUGGUGAGUGACUGCCGCAGCAAGGAGCAGAUGAGUGAUUGCUCGUACACCCACACUUCUCCAGUGCUGGGCUUCUGGAUAUUCUCUCCAUGCUGCUUCCGGAAUUUCUGCAAUAACCCUCAGAACAAAAUAAAAUAUGGUCCUUAG